AUGACAGGGUUGAUGAAGAAGUAUGGCAUCAUCCACAAGGUGGCUACGGCCUACCAUCCCCAAACAAACGGCCAAGCCAAAGUCUCUAACCAGGAAAUCAAGCGCAUAUUGGAGAAGAUUGUGAAACCUCAUAGGAGGGAUUGGAGUUCUAAGCUCGGAGAUGCGCUAUGGGAUUACCAGACGGCUUAUAAGACACCAAUCGGUAUGAGUCCGUUCCAGCUAGUCUUUAGGAAGGCUUGCCAUCUCCCGAUGGAGGAUUGCGGGGGCGGAAUCAAGAGGAAGAUACAGUUGGUAGAAUUGAAGUGUCUUCGAUUGGAAGCUUAUGAGAACUCAAGGCUAUACGAAGAGAGGAUUAAGGUGGUGCAUGAUAAGCGUAUCAAGAGAAGGGAGUUUAGAGCUGGGGAUCUAGUCCUCCUCUAUAACUCUAGAUUGAGGUUGAUGCCAGGAAAGUUAAGAUCAAUGUGGGAAGGACCCUAUAGAGUGGAGAAUGCUGAGCCAUAUGGGGUUUUUCACUUGAGUCACCCUUCAAGCCCCACAAUUUUCAAAGUUAAUGAUCACCGUCUGAAGCUUUAUCAUGGAGAGAAGAUGAAAAGAAACAAAGGGGUUGAAGUGUUCCUUCUUGAGGAUGCACCCGAAGGCGAAGAGAUUUGA